CUUCCGCCUUCCGGCCGCGAAGUGUAACCCCACAGGAGAGCCCGGUUCCCCUCGCUCUAUGGCGGCAGCCCGCGCGGGGCCGGCUGAGCUGGGCUUCGUGGAGGCGGCGCCGGCGUGGCGGCUACGCAGCGAGCAGUUCCCAAGCAAGGUGGGCGGCCGGCCGGCGUGGCUGGGUGCGGCCGGGCUGCCGCGGCCCGAGGAGCUGGCCUGCGCGCUGUGCGGCCGCCCGCUGGCCUUCCUGCUGCAGCUGUACGCGCCGCUGCCCGACCGUGCCGACGCUUUCCACCGCGGCCUCUUCCUUUUCUGCUGCCGGGCGCCGCCGUGCUGCGCCGGCCUGCGCGUUUUCAGAAAUCAGCUGCCCAGGAAAAAUGACUUUUACUCCUAUGAGCCACCCUGUGAGGAUCCUCCUCCAGAGACGGGAGAGUCUGUGUGCCUCCAGCUCAAGUCUGGUGCUCAUCUCUGCAGGGUCUGUGGCUGUUUAGGCCCCAAAACAUGCUCCAGAUGUCACAAGGCACAUUACUGCAGUAAGGAGCAUCAGACUCUAGACUGGAGAUUUGGGCAUAAGCAGGCUUGUACACAAUCAGAUUAUUUGGACAGAACAAUUCCAGACCACAGCUUCCUUUUUCCAGAAUUUGAAAUUGUAAUAGAAACAGAAGAUGAAAUUACAUCUGAAGUUGUUGAAAAAGAAAAUGAAUCAGAAAUUACAGGGAGCAUGGGUGAAGCACCUGAGGAAGAAUUGGAUUCCAUGGCAAAACUUGAAUCCAAGGAAGAUAAAAUUUUCCAGAAGUUUAAAACUAAAAUAGCCCUUGAGCCAGAACAGGUCCUCAGAUACGGCAGAGGGAUUGCACCCAUCUGGAUCUCUGGUGAAAAUAUCCCUCAAGAAAAGGAUAUUCCAUAUUGCCCCUGUGGUGCCAAGAGAACAUUUGAAUUCCAGGUCAUGCCUCAGCUGCUCAACCACCUAAAGGCCGACAGACUGGGCAGGAGUGUCGACUGGGGUGUCCUGGCUGUCUUCACCUGUGCUGAAAGCUGUAGACUGGGGAUUGGCUACACAGAGGAAUUUGUUUGGAAGCAAGAUAUAACAAAUACACCCUAAAGACAAUGUCGUAAAGCCUUAAAAAUGCUCAUAAUCUCUUAGACCUUGCAAGUCCAUUUCUAGGACUUUAUCCUAAGGAAAUAAUUAUAGCAGAGACAAAGGUACAAAGAUGUUGUUUUAGGUGAGUUUACAAUGUGUAAAUAUUAGUGCAACAAAAAUGUCUGGUGACAGGUAUUUAAAGAAAUUUUGGUGAAUUCCUACAGCAGAAGGUAAUGCACUCUUAAUGAUAUACACCUAUAUGUACAAGAUAGAGGUUUAAACUGACACCCAGAUAUUCAUAGUAUGUUCAUAUUUUUGUAAAAGUAUUUAUACAUAUGUAUGUCAACAGAAAUCUGGAAAGAUACCUACUCGGUGGGAACUAGUUAACUAUGGAUGGUGGGACUAUGAAUUGAUCGUUUUACCUAUGUGUUUGUUUCUUUCUACAAUACAAGUGGGUUAAUUUCCUAAUUAAGACAAUCCAUUACUCAGAGCAUUUUUCCUCCUAAAAUUUGCAAUGUAAAAACCAAGAGAAAACUAUUUGGGUAAAACCCGAAGAGACGUGACUGGUAAUCAGGUCAUUGUCAUGGGCUCUAAGACACAUGGAAGUCCAGAACACUGGAAAAAUACAAAACCCCAGUAGGCUGGUGAAUGUGAUGAAUAACUGACUUCGAAGAGAAGCUCUACUUCACAACUGACCUUGAUCUGCCAAUAGCACUGCUCACAGAUGAGAGAUGCAAGGCAAGAAUGAUGGUCUUUCUCUCUCCCCCGCCCCCCAUCUCAUGCCAGUGUACACAUGGGGAGUAAACCCAAGUAAGGAGGCAGGAAUUGGCCAUUAGAAUUUCCCUAGGGAAAUCUGGCCCUGAGGUCAGCUAAAUCUGUUAACCGUGCUAAGGCUCCUUCCAGCCCCUAGUGUUUCACGAUUACGCUGUGACAAUUCCCAGUUCUUUCAACACCAGUGAUGCCUGCCCAGCACUGAAGGAGGCCUGAAGGGACACUGCUGUUGAUCAGUGCUUAAAAACCAACAGCUAAUCUAAGUUGGCUCAUGUUCUCCCAUAAGUGCAUCUUUCUUGCAUAUAACACCAUUAUUAACGUCACUGACUACCUGGUUAUUUUACUACAUUUUUAUAUGAGAAAGUCCUGGUCUAUUAGCCCACAUUAUAGGUAUAUAUGUGUUAUUCAUAAAGAUAUGUGUAUGAAAUACAGUGAAACAUAGCUCUAUAUGGGAAACCAGUAUGGAAUUCUGACGGGGAGAUUUGUUACUAGGCUACUUUUAAAUACAACCUGUAAAGAGGGGGAAUGGUGUCACAGUUUUCAAGCUGGGAGAGUGAAGUCUGAGAGUGACCAACUAUGGUGAUACAGCCCAUUGCUACUGGAGGACACAUUAUAAGUUGUCAUCAUCUGGUGGCAAGAAUCAACACUUGGUAGGAAGCUCAGUGGCUUCUAGAAAACUGGACUAGUGUGGGGUCUUCACAUUGCCAAUUGUAAAUGAUUCUUAAAGUCAGGAGAUGUUAUAGUAAGUUUUCCAAAGCAGAAUAGUGCCCUGACUGCUAAGGACUUUAAGCAAACCCAUUAGGGUCUGUUUGGAGACAUCACCGGAUGAUUGUGGACAUUCUUGCAGGUAUGUUGGGAAUAACCAGCCAAGCUGUCCUUUAGGUAUGUAUCCCUACCAAGUUCUGGUAAUUGGGGUGAGGGUUUACAGGGUCUUUCCACUUACAGACUAGUCCAAAUCAACAGAAAGAAAAUGUCACAAUGUCAACUAGCAUCCAUGUUGAAAAAUAAUCCAUCAUAUGAAAAAUAAUACAAAA